AAUACCAAGUGCUUUCCUAACUAGAGAAUUUGGAGGAUCUCCUAAUGGGAGGCCUUAGGUAGUGUUGACACUUGAAAUGUGUCUCAAAUGCCACCGAAAUAAUCGUCCACUCUUGUCUUCAACCAUUCUAAAGAGGCACUUGUAGCAUCGAAAAACAAACCAAGUGCAAAAACAAGAAAUUUUCCUCAUAUAUAUUAUAUAUAUAUGUACUUGCAUUGAGUCCCAUGACACCACUGAAAAUAAGCCAUUCUCUCUAAGGAAGGAAAGGAUAGAUGGAGAUGACUACAGUGAAAUCUGAAUUAGGCCUGGAAAGGGGCCGCUUGUGCACUGCAGAAACUGAUGCUUUGGAGGUGACCAAGUGUGUUAAGAGAAGGAGAAGAGAUCCAUCAGCAGUUACACCCGGAUGCAGUAAACAAGGAGAGCAGCAGAAGCAGGUGUUGCUGCAGGCUGGGCAAUCCAUUACUGCCAUUGCCACUACUAUGAAGAGAAGUUCAAGAUUCAGGGGUGUUAGCAGACAUAGAUGGACAGGGAGGUUUGAGGCUCAUUUAUGGGAUAAAGGGUCCUGGAAUGUGACACAGAGAAAAAAGGGAAAGCAAGGUAGAUAUAGACCACCCUACUUUGCUGAUUCUAUUGCUUUAUUGCAUUAAAUGCUUAAAAGGCUCAACUAUGGCUUCUUUGUGGCUUUGUCAUGUGGUUGUGCUCUCAACACACUUGUUGGCUUGGAACAGUCUAUCUUGGAGCUUAUGAUGAAGAAGAAUCUGCUGCAAGAGCGUAUGACUUGGCCGCACUGAAGUAUUGGGGGCCAUCAACUUUUACCAAUUUCCCAGUAUCAGAUUAUGAGAAGGAGAUUGAAAUAAUGCAGGGUCUAACAAAGGAGGAAUACUUGGCUUCUUUAAGAAGGAGAAGCAGUGGUUUUUCAAGAGGAGUGUCCAAGUACAGAGGAGUUGCAAGGCAUCAUCACAACGGAAGAUGGGAAGCAAGGAUUGGGAGGGUGUUUGGAAACAAGUAUCUCUACCUUGGAACUUACAGUACCCAAGAAGAGGCUGCUCAUGCUUAUGACAUUGCAGCAAUUGAGUACAGAGGGAUCAAUGCUGUAACAAACUUCGAGUUGAGCACAUACGUAAGGUGGCUGAGGCCCAGAGCCACUGCUCUUACCCCUCAGGAACCAAGAUCAAAUUCAAUAAUGCAAGCAUCCUCUAACUGCCUUCCAAAUGAGGAAGUAGAGCUGUCCUUCCUCAGCCCCAAUCCUUUUACAGUAGAUGACUUGGCAACUCCUCUAAAGCAAGAAAAGUUCCAAAGAGAGGUUUCCAUCAGCCCUUGCACCAAGUCAUCUUCGCCAACUGCACUAAGUCUCCUCCAUAGAUCUUCAGUAUUUAGACAACUGGUGGAGAAGAAUUCGAACAGCAUCGAAUAAGAAACUGAGGGGAAUGAUGCAAAGAAACCAAGAGAACUUAGCAAGGAAAAUGAGUUUGGAGGGAUUUUUUUAUGAAGAAGUUAGGAAUGUUCCAUAUGUGUGUUCAUCAAAUGCUGAUGCAUUUUGCCCGGUCUAGUGUUGCAGGAGGAUAUUGCACCGCCAUUAUUCAAUGGGACAGGGCGGAAAUCUUAAUGGAAUGAUGCUUUAACCUUGUCUUCUUCUGUUUAACUGUCAAUUGCAACUGUUUAUAGAAAUCCUCUCAAAACUCGUAGACAGGCAAUCUUUCUGUCUUUUCUUUUCUGAGUAAUAAAGAAGCGAAAUGUCUAC